AUCGAGGCUGGUGCCGGCGGUGCUCAGCAGUUCUCGGCCGCGGCUCGCAUGAGAGACACCGACCGCCUCGCGCGUCAAAGUGCACCUCGUCCGUCUCACGCUCCUCCACAAAUUUAAUUGGAAUUCACAUGCUGGACGCCUGAUUUCUUCUGAAGAAAAGAGACAACCUCGUUCGCCGCACUUUUCACCCUGUCUGCACCAAGUGGCGCGGAAAUGAUGAGUGAUGAGUGCAGCGUGUUGUUGGACCAAAACACAGUGACAAUGGAGCAGCCAGGCAGUGACGCCGGCAGCUGCAGCACCACAGACAACCAGCCCACCUCGCCUGAGGACUACAUCCGCCUGCUCGCGGCCGAACGCUCGGCCCUCGAGCUGCAAAGUCCAGGCUGUGCCCUCACCCUCAGACUCAUUUCACAAGAGCUGGAACGUGUUCAGAGUACGGGUCGGCUGUCUCGGGAGGAGAAGAGGACUUUCGCAGACAUCACCAAGGAGAAGCCCAUCAAAGUGUCAGUGCGAGUGUUGGUGCCCAUCAGGGAACACCCCAAGUUCAACUUCGUUGGAAAACUGCUCGGACCAAAAGGCAACUCGUUAAAACGGCUGCAGGAGGAAACAAUGACGAAAAUGGCCAUCCUCGGCAGGGGUUCCAUGAGGGACAAACAAAAGGAAGAAGAGUUGCGAGGGUCGACAGAUCCAAAAUUCUCCCACCUCAACGACGACCUGCACGUGGAAGUGACGGCUUUCGCGCCGCCCGCAGAAGCGCACGCCAGAAUCGCGUACGCUCUCGCCGAAAUCCGAAAAUUCCUGGUUCCAGAUUACAACGACGAAAUUAGGCAAGAACAGAUGCGGGAAAUCCAGUUGAUGAAUGCGGGCACGGGAGCUGUGAUUCCGAACCCGGCAAGUUCAGAAGCGGCGGUGGCGGCGGCCGCGGCCGCCGCGUCUCUUGCGAACGCCACCGCCGUCGGCAAGGUGGUGUCCCCUCGCUGCCCCCAACCCGCCCCCGGCAUGAUCCUGCAUCCAGCGUUGCGGGAAUUGGGCAGAGCGCAAGGACUCAUACCAGCAGCAACAAUGUUUCGUGGCGCCUCGAUAUUGAGCAGAGUGCGACCAACAAUCCCCAUCCCUGGCACAAGAGGCGCAUCCUCGCCAGCGCCGAAACGCUCUAUCCUCACCCUUCUGGGCAGAGUGGGCAGAAACCCUGGCACGGGGGUCGACGAGAAUGGACUUGAGACUGGCGACGAUUCUGGGGCUGCGGCGGCGGCAGCGGCGGCGGCCGCCGUUUAUGGCCUCUACGAUGGCUACGCGGCAGCACCAGGGUAUGGUCUAUUGGAGGACUACACUAACGGCGCAGGACUGAGCGAAGACGUUGAGGACAUGUCCCAGGAUUCGGUAAACGGCGCCGUAGCUGCCGCCGAGUUCGCCGCCAGGCCCGAGGGUGGAGCGCUCAAAGUUGCCGCUGGUCUGGAUAGAGCCCGCUAUCGACACGACCCGUACGCGCGGCUCAUUGACGCCAGAAAGGAGGAUAAAGGCGGUCAGUUGAAAGGAACGGGUGACUCGCAAAUUUUUAUCUCCUAAGCAGGCCCCAGAUUUUCGAGUUUCCAGCUAAAUUAUUAUAAUUUUUUUCCUCUGCAAGACAAUCACACGCUUUUCUCCAAUGAUGGCGACGAAAAGAGCCUCUAGUCAAAAACACACACACGCGUUUCUUUCCGUUUAUCACACUCUCCAUCCAUCUAAUAAAUGUACAUACACUGCUAAAUGUUAUUUUUAUGCAAAUUUUUGGUGUAAAUGAAAAAAAAACUAUUGGAAAUAAAUUACUUUCUAUUUCUAUUAAUAGUGUGUCUCAUAAUCUUUGAAUUUGAACUAAUUUUUAUCAAAAAAAUUGCACGAUAGCUGCUGUACUCUGUUCCAUUUGGACACACAGAAAAUAAAUACAGUGUGUAUAAGAGGGUUUUAGAUCGAACUAUAAAGCUGCUGCCCGCUCAUCUCUCAUGCAAGUUUUGGUUUUCGCUCCAGUUUCCACGACGUGACAGAGAUAGAUUUCCCAGUUGCCGCCGCCGCUGCCGCAGCAUUGUUCAAAAGUUGAUCUCUCUUUUCUGCUGGACAGCAUUUCUGGGACAGAGAUUGAAAUAAUUUUUGAUAAAGUUAACCUUGGCCAAGACACAAAAAUCCAAUAUUUAUAUAAUAAAGAGAGGACAAAACGCCCUACACACGAAAUAAAUGCACUACUUUGCUACACAAGAUGUUAUUGUAAAAUACAUGUUCCUUUAAUCUUUGUGUAAAAUAAAUUGAAAAAUUUAAAUCGCCUAUUAAGCUUGUGUGCUAUGUAUAAUGUAGAUGGAGAACAAGGUGUAAACAUUUUAAAUUAUAAACGUCGAAAUAUUUGCUGGUCCACCAAUCAAUGCUCUAAAUGUAAAUUUCCGUGUCUAAUACAGCCAAAUGAUAUACAAAUAAAGUGUUUUACUUUA